UAUGCUGAGCUGCAGACAUACACAGAGCUGGACUUUCAUCCCAUAGAGGAUGGCCACUGUGACGUCGUCGUUGAAAAGCCCACUGUUUUCAUGAAACUGGAUGCUGGGGUGAACAUGUACCACCAUUUCUGUGACUUUGUCAACCUCUACAUCUCCCAGCACAUUAACAACUCCUUCAGCUCAGAUAUCAACAUCGUCAUGUGGGACACGAGUUUAUAUGGUUAUGGAGAUCUGUUCGGUGAAACAUGGAGGGCCUUCUCAGAGUAUGACAUCAUUCACUUGAAGACCUACGACUCGAAAAGAGUCUGUUUGAAAGACGUCGUUUUCUCCCUUCUCCCGAGAAUGAGAUACGGCCUCUUUUACAACACGCCUCUCAUCUCCGACUGCUACAGUGAAGGAAUGUUCAGAGCCUUUGCCCAGCAUGUCCUCCAUCGACUGAACAUCCCACAAGAUGGGCCAAAGGAGGGGCGUGUUCGUGUCACCCUGCUGGCACGCAGCACAGAAUACAGAAGGAUAUUAAACCAAACGGAGCUGAUAAAUGCCCUCAAGACUGUGCCUUUACUGGAGGUCAACGUGGUGGACUUCAAAUACAAGGAUGUUCCCUUCCUGGUGCAGUUGAGGAUCACCCACAACUCUGACAUCUUUAUAGGGAUGCACGGGGCAGGUCUCACACACCUCCUCUUCCUCCCUGACUGGGCUGUCAUCUUUGAGCUAUAUAAUUGUCAGGAUGAGAGCUGCUAUCGAGAUUUGGCUCGGCUGCGGGGCAUUCGAUACGUGACUUGGCAGAAAAUGGACAAAGUACUCCCACAGGACAAGGGUCACCAUCCAACCCUCGGGGACCACCCGAAGUUUACCAACUACUCCUUUGAUGUGGGCGAGUUCAUGCGCCUUGUGAUGGAGGCGGCCGAUUACGUCACACACCAUUCAAAAUGGCAGCGCCGUACCCUUCAUGAUGAACUCUAGAGUCUCUGUGGGACGCAGACAUCCUGCAACUAAAUAACUUUUAACAUGGACCGGCCGUUUGUUGUGAUCUAAAGACCUCUUCACAAAUCUUUUUAAAAGAUAUGUUUAAAGUUAUCCAUCAGCGGUCCAGUAGAGUAAUCAUCACCUCCUGUCUGCUACAUUGAUAGGUCUGAAUGAGUGAAAGCAAUUUGGUGGACAACUCAGAGUUGAAUAUCCUACACCAGCUCUAUUAGUGACAAAUAUGUUAAAAGACGAGGUGUGUGCAGUCGAAGCAUCUGGAGAGCUAUAAGAUGCGUUCUAUGUUUCUUCAUUACCUCCGCUGCAUCUACUUCAUUCCAUGCCGACAAAGUUAGCUAAUGAGCAGCUGUUACUACGUCCCUUUACUUGCGCCAUCUUGUCACAUUUGAUCAGUCACCUUGAAGCGAGCCUCUUCAGAGCUGUUGACAAUCACGGCAGAGUUUUCUGAGCACAUGCAGCAUACACCAGUCGAAUAUGGUGUGCAGUAUUUAACUUGUUGGAUUCACGUUGCAGACUUCUUUUGCAGUUAGUUUGACAUGUGAAUUUCAGUUAUCAAAAAACACCAAUAACUCUAAAAGUACUAGACAGAAGAUAAGUAAGACACUCCAAGAGGGAUUUUCUUUUAUAUCAGUAUUAGCAUUUGUAUGUGUGCAAGUACAAUACUUUAAGACACAUUCUUAGUAAGUAUCGUGAAACAUACAUUCAAUAUUAGUCAGCAACCUUCAACACUACAUUGUUUCCUGCAACAUGAUGAAUGCGGCUUUUGUCAGAUAAUUAUCAGAAAUAUCUGGCAGACUUUUUAAAGCUAUCUUUUAGUUUUGCGUCUUUAUUUGCAAUUUACAUGGUUUUCUUUUACAAUUGUAACAUUUAUUUAAAAGUAUGUAAAUCCUGUUGUUUUAAAGGAAUAUGACAUUGAUACUGAUGUGUAUUUUAUUAAUUCCUUUGCAUUUUACCAAAGGAAAUGCAUUGUUAGUUUUGUUCUGUUACCUUUCCUAAAGUAUUUUGAAUGCUGUUAGUUUUAGAUUUUACAGUAAAUUCGUCUGAAAUGGAAUAAGCACAAUUGGCAUGCAGUCUGAUGCAAUACACAAGAGUAUUUUGUGCAAUCAGAAGAUCUUUUUUGGCCUCUCCGGGAGCUUGAUGUUUUAUUUAUCGAUGAAACCAAGUUGAACUCAGUCGGACCUUUUCGGUCAGGGCUUUGCUUGACUUCUAGGCAAUUUCAUAUUCAAAAGUUGUGUAAUAUUUUAAAAUAAAUAAUU